AAGAGCAAACCAAACACUAGAGCAUGUUCCUCCAAUCCCAACAUCAUCAGCUAAAACCAAAGACAGUGUGCUUCCUCUUCAUAUUCUCUGCUGUUUAUUUUUCAACUUCACACUAAAACCCUAAUUUCUUUCUCUGCUGCCACACCAAUUGGGUCCUCCGGCCAAACUACCUCGCUGGUUCUCUAACCUUUAUCGCUAUCAGUUGUAACUUGUCAAUUGAUUGCUUUUGAUCAUGGGCUAAGAAGUCUCUAAAAUGGAUUUACAAGUUGAUUCAUCCAAGGAACAAUGUGGAACUUCUACUGCCGUCCACACAACUUCAAGAUUUCUUGCUUUCCAUGGAGUUCUUUGAAAGUUCCAGUUUAUCCGGCUGCAUGUGGUCAUAGUCACUUGAAGAGUUCUUCUAAAUUCAUCCACUCUUUUCAUCAAUUCAAACAAAAUAGAUCCACUGGAAGAGACCUGCGAAGGAACAACAAGAAAUAUCUUAAACCGUCACAAAGGGAAGAUGUCGACACAAAGACUUACAUGCGAGAUACUAUUGGAAAAAUUUAUAAUAUCCUAAAAUAUUCGACAUGGGAUUCUGCUCAAGACCAGCUUCUGGGCCUCCCUAUAAGAUGGGAUUCAUACACAGUUAAUCAAGUUUUGAAAAGCCAUCCUCCAAUGGAGAAGGCGUGGUUAUUUUUUAACUGGGCUGUUGAACUAAAAGGGCUCAAGCAUGAUCAGUACACUUACACAACAAUGCUCGAUAUUUUUGGAGAAGCUGGGAGGAUUUCAUCAAUGAAAUAUGUUUUCGAGCAAAUGCAAGAGAGGGAAUUAAAUAUUGAUGCUGUUACUUAUACUUCGUUAAUGCAGUGGAUGUCCCAUUCUGGAGAUGUUGAUGGGGCAAUGAGAGCGUGGGAAGAGAUGAAAGCAGAUGGCUGCAGUCCAACUGUUGUUUCAUACACAGCCUAUAUGAAAAUUCUAUUCAAUAAUAAUAAAGUAAAGGAAGCCACUGAUGCUUACAAGGAAAUGCUUCAAUUAGGGCAUUCUCCUAAUCGCUAUACUUACACCGUUUUAAUGGAAUACCUUAUUGGGUCAGGAAAUUGCAGAGAAGCCCUUGAGAUUUUUAGUAAAAUGCAAGAAGCUGGAGAACAGCCUGACAAAGCUGCAUGCAAUAUUCUGGUUGAGAAAUUAAGCAAAUCAGGGGAAACAUGGGUCAUGUCCCAAAUCCUCCAAUACAUGAAAGAAAACCAUAUUGUCCUUCGUUAUCCUGUUUUCGUUAAAGCAUUACAAGCUUUAAAAGUUGCUGGCGAGAGUGACCUCCUACUCAGGCAAGUGAAUCCUCAUUGUUCCACAGAACCUGUCAGUAAAGAUUUAGAUAGAACUAGAGCUGCUGAUAACCAUUCUACCAUAGACGAGUGGCUCAUAUUGACUCUAUUGGAAAAGGAAAAUCUCAUUGCUGUUGAUAGCUUGCUUGCUCAAAUUGCUGAUAAAAACACCCAAUUGGAUUCUGCAGUCAUCUCAAUCAUCAUUGAAGUAAACUCCAGUCGUUGUAGGCCUAAUGGUGCUUUGCUGGCCUUUGAGUACAGUGCUAAAAGAGGUAUACUUAUUACAAGAAACUCAUAUCUAGCCUUGAUAGGAGGUUUAAUAAGAUUAGAUAUGUCACCCAAGGUGGUAAAAGUUGUUGAGGAAAUGAUCAAGGCUGGACAUUCUAUUGGAAUAUACCUUGCUUUAGUUCUUAUAUAUAAGCUUGGGAGUGCUGGAAAGCCCAAAUGUGCUGCUAAAUUUUUUAGUUUUUUGCCCAGUGAUCACAAGUGCACUGCAACUUACACUGCUCUUAUAGGAGUCUACUUCUCUGUCGGUAAUUUUGAUACAGGACUGGAAGUUUAUAAAAGCAUGCAGAGAAAUGGGGUUAUUCCCUCUUUAGGAACAUACAAUGUAAUAUUAGCUGGUCUUUCAAGAAGUGAGAGUAGAGUUAGUGAAUUUGAAUAUUUUAGAAAGGAAAAGAAGAGCCUGCAGCUUCAGGUACAGUCUCAGGAUAUCUCCCCCAUUGAGAAAAAGAUUUGUGAUCUGAUAUUUCUUGGGGAUGCGGGGAAUUGAAUAAUAAAAGAAAAAGAGAAGUUUUUCUAAAAUGUUUAUUUUUUUACAUAUCAUUAAUUAAGAUGAAAAGGAGGGCAAAUAUAUUAAUCAACUUGAUUUUUUAAUUUUUUUUUUCUUUUGUGCCAUGUUUACUUAAGGUGAAAUAUAAUUAUUUGUGUAGUGAUUCACAGGUUAUUAAAAUUUACUAACUAGAGAAGAGAAUUGGUGUGAAUUACGUGAAUAGUAGAGAAGAGAAUUGGUGUAAAUUACUGGAUAGUAUUAACUGUAAUGAUUAUUUUCUCUCUUUAUUUUA